AGAGGCGGGUCUAGGCUGAAGCCCGGGCUCUCUGAUUGGACAGUUGCAAUAUGACUGGCACUCGAAGCGGGGAGGCGGGACAGUGGGUAUUUGGUUAGCAUGGAGUGAUUGGUAGCCUAAAAAUAGCCCUCGGUCUCUGAUUGGAUAAUAGUGACCGAGGGCCUAAUAAUUGCUCCUUUAAAGAAGUCGUCGACUCUCCUGAUUGGACACUAAAAAGAUUGACAGGCUACGUGGUAGGCAGGCUCCUGAGGGUCACUGAUUCUCUGAUUUGACAAGGGCCUGGUCGAGACCACAGAGUGGGAGGCGAGCAGUGAGCGCGAGCCAGCUCCCUGAUUGGACAACGGAUCGGUGAUUGACGGGACAGAAAGGCGGGCCUGAGAGGCUCCUGGCUCCCCGCAUAGACGGUCCCAUGCCCCACGGCGCUGCCCCACUCAGGAUGUCGGUGCCCCUGGCCGAGCUCCCCACCAGCCCCCUGGCCCUGGAAUAUCUCAACGACUUUGACCUGCUGAAGUUUGAGGUCAAACGUGAGCCGGCCGGCCUGAUGGGCGGGGCCUCCCUGGACCCCUCCCCCUGCAGCUCAGUGCCGCCCUCCCCCACGCUGAGCGAAGCGGGGCUGGGGGACGGAGGGGACCCCAAGGCGGGGCUGGAGGAGCUCUACUGGCUGGCUGCGCUGCACCAGCAGAUGGCAGGGGGUGGGGAGGGGGUGGGGCUCAGCCCAGAGGAGGUGGUGGAGGCCCUGCUGGGGGGGGCGGCCGUGGGGGGCUUCUGCCCCGGGGGGCCGCUCCAGCAGCAACAGCAGCUCCCGCCCCUCCGGGACCAUUUCUCGGACGAGCAGCUGGUGGGGAUGUCGGUGCGGGAGCUGAACCGCCGCCUGCGGGGCUUCGGCAAGGACGAGGUGCUGCGGCUGAAGCAGAAGCGCCGCACGCUGAAGAACCGCGGCUACGCCCAGUCCUGCCGCUCCAAGCGGGUGCAGCAGCGCCACCUGCUGGAGGCCGAGAAGUCCCAGCUGGCCCAUGAGCUGGACGCCCUGCGGGGGGAGCUGGCCCGGCUCGCCCACGAGCGCGACCUCUACAAGGCCCGAUGCGAGAAGCUGCUGCCCCAGCCCCCCUCGCCCUCCCAGUUCUUCCUCUGAGCUGCCCCCGGGCACUGGGGGGGCAGCAGGGGGCGCUCCUCUGUGAAGGACUCAGGGGGCGUCCCUCCGCCCCUGGCCUGCAGGGGGCGCUGCUCCAGGAAGGACUCAGGAGUGUCCCUCCGCCCCUGGCC